UGAAGGAACUGCCUUUUUAACAUUCGUUCAUCGAUUUAACAGCCAGUAACCAGCGUUUUAUAAAAAGAUUUAAUUCAGGAUUUUAACGAUUAAUUUAAGUACUGAUAUAUAUAUAUAUAUAUAUUACUGUCUUGUCAGUUCUGAAGUUGUUAGGUAUCAGAGCAAAAGUUAGCAUGGAAACAAACCGAUAUUUUAUGAUCGUUCUCUGUGUUUUAGGUUCGUCACUUGGCCAGACGACACUCCCAACGCAUCAGCCUGAUAAUGUUACGUUCACUUCACAAACAAUCACAGAAGUUUCACGUACAAAUUCUACAAGUGCCAUAACAUCCGGGGUGCAAAUGACAACCAAAGCGGAAAUUGUUUGUGAGUCGCACGAGUGGCUCUGUGAAAUCGAAGGAAUUUGCAUUUUCACUUUUUACAGAUGUGACGGUUAUGAUGAUUGCGCCCCAAGCAGGGAGGAUGAAACGAAUUGUUUAGACUGGGAAUGUUCGCGGUCUCAGUGGAAAUGUCCGAAAGAUGGAAUUUGUAUUCUCGCCGUAGAAAGAUGUGACGGUCAGCCAAAAUGCAAAGGAGAAGAAGACGAACAGAAUUGCGAAUCGUACCAGUGCCUGUCUGGUGUAAAAUGUGAUGAUAACAAGCAGUGCAUUCGUCGAGGUGCGAAGUGCGAUGGGGUGGCAGAUUGCAAUGAUAAGUCGGACGAGAUCGGUUGUUUUGACUGCGAGGCCGACCAGUUUCAAUGUGCCAGCAAUUUCGACUGCGUCAGUCGGCAGUUUCUCUGCAACGGUUUCCCAGAUUGCGAAGACGGGUCGGACGAAAUAGCAUGUGAUAUGUGUUUCAAUCAUACAAAUGAGAUCGAAAUGCCAACAAAUAAUGAAAAAUCUACAAAAGUUUGCAACUUUGGGUGGACAGGGCAGUUUUGUAACGAAACUUGUUUAACAUGCACGUCAACUUAUUGCCAACAAGAUCCAUUUGAAUUCGCAAAAUACGAACUUUCAUUAAACGAAAACACUUGCGUGCCCAAUAACAGUAGAAUUCUGGUUCUACGUCACUCGUUUGUGGGUAAAUUGACCAAUCAGAAAUUAGCUGAGGUUCCGAAUUUGUUCCUGCUUAAAUUAGUAAAUAUGACGCACUCUGAAAUUCAAUCUGGAACAUUCGACAACUCUCAACUUCGUAUUCUCUACAUGAACAGUGCAAAUCUCGAUGAUGAUUCCAUUGUGUUCAAACUUCAAUAUCUACUCGUUUUAAACUUAGAUUUCAAUAAACUUACAAAAGUUCCACCGCUAGACGGCGCUCCAUUUAUACGACUUCUCUCCAUCAGCGGUAACAGAAUUCGUAGGUUGGGGGCACGAGCCUUCUUCUCUGUACAAAGCACUCUACGAAUUCUGUGGCUGAGCAACAACAUGAUAUCAGUCGUUCAUCCAGAUUCAUUCCAAGGUUUAAUUUCCCUUCAACACCUCGACCUUAGCAACAACUGUAUUACGUCACUGGAGAACGGUUUUCUCAACGAACUCCACGACUUGAGCAGCUUGUUUUUAAACGGAAACAACAUUUUGAAGAUUCCGCUACUGAUUGGUUUACGGCAAUCAUUUCGUAUGUGGUUGCCAGAUCAACUAAACUGUUCUAACAUUGUACCUGAUCCAAACUGGGCUUGCCAAAAAAUCCAAAGCAACGCCGGUCAGUUUACAAAAGGAAAAGUCCCUUCUUUAUUCGAAAUCACCGAUACGCUGGAUAACUGCGAGAAUACCUCUAUCUCUCAGAGUGAGCGUGUUGUCGAUUUGAUUGGGGCUUGUCGACACAACAUAACAGACAGAUGCAACGUUGCUUUGUGCGGUUCCAUGCAGGCCUUUACAGAUAAUUGUAUCUCAAGCACUGUUGGUAACUGUAAUAUCAACUGCAGUUGUACCGACGACAGCUUUACCUGCCAAGACACAUUAUUGCAGUUACGCAAUAAGGAUUUAUUGUGUUUGCACUCGGACCUCAAACUUCUAUCGUUAAAGAACGUCACACUCCAAGAAAAGGCGCUAAACGCCAUUUUGAAACAUAUGUCCUCUCUCACAGGUCUUACUGUCUCACGCCAAAAUAACGUGACGAUUUUUGACCAGUACUUUGAAAGACAUGACUGCCUUCUUAAGAACGUAUCAUAUACACGGUCAGGUUUGACUGCUGUACCAAACUUUAUAAAGAAAUGUUCUGUUCUUGUCAGCUUGGACCUGACAAACAAUAAGAUUUUGAUCAUUUUCAAGCAAGAUUUUAUGCAGCUGUCGAACCUUACGAUGUUAAAGCUGCAAGCGAACGACCUUAUGGAAAUAGAGAGCGGUUCUUUUAAUAAUCUAAAACAAUUGGAAACACUAGAUAUAUCUGGAAACACACAGGUUGUCUAUGAUAAUAACCUUCUUUCUGAGCAGAAAAAGUUGAAACGAGUGUACGGGAACAACUUUAGAAUUUGCUGUCUCGCAAGGAAAACUUCUCCAUCGUUGCUACAGUGUAGUCCAGAAGACCCAAUCUCAUCAUGCGAUCGACUUAUUGCUAAAGAUUACAUCAGAGCAUUGAUAUGGAUACAGGCAUUUAUUGCUAUCAUUGGUAACGCGAUGGUGGCAGUUUUAAGAGCUCGUGAGUAUCCGAAACAGGAGAGCAGAGGAGGUAAAGUGAACACCAGUUUUGUUGGUGUGCUCUCAGUAGCCGACUUACUCAUGGGAAUUUAUCUACUCAUGAUCGCGGUGGUGGAUUCUGUGCACCAAGUCGAGUUCUUCGCGUUUUCGCACAUUUGGCGCCACAGUGGGUUUUGUCGGUUUUGUGGAUUUCUGUCUCUAUUCUCGGCAGAGGCGUCAGUUUUUACUCUUUUGGUAAUCACUUUUACUCGAAUGGUGUCCAUUGUAAGUCCGAUAUAUUACCUUCGAGCAAACUUGCGCAUUUUUCGUAUCGCCAUGCUGUUGGCUUGGACUGUUGCACUUAUUAUCUCUGUUAUCCCCGUAUUCCGCCUUCCCAAUUUCUUCUCACAAACAAGUCUGUGCCUCCCUGCUUUUUACACUUCCAAACGAGACAGCGAUUGGAUUUUUUCACUUUUUGUCAUCAUUUUCAAUCUCGUUGCCUUCUUCGCAAUGGUGACUUCGUACCUCGUCAUUAUCAUUGCCACGCAACGAAGUCAAACUCGUUCAGAAAACAGGAGAUCCAGCAACCCACGACCAAAGCACAACCUCGGUAGGCGGGUCUUUUUGAUCGUUGCUACAGACUUUUGUUGCUGGAUACCCGUUUGCAUACUUGGUUUUGUGUCAAUCGGCAGCGGUGGACUUAAUUUCUACAACGACGUUUACCCAUGGACGGCUGUUAUUUUGCUUCCUAUUAAUUCAUCCAUGAACCCCUUGAUCUACACUUUCUUGACCCGACAGUCUUUAUGCCAAGCUAUAAAUCAAAUUCGAACUGACACUGGGCCAAGAACCAGUUCUACUGGAACCGGAAAGUAGAUUAUUCCGUGUAGGCUAAAUGUUUUUUAAAACAAAAUUUCCUUCGGUUUUAUUUUGUACAAAGUGUAUUUACUAUACUGUUGAUUUGUAUAUAAAAUACAGUAAUUUCGAAUCAUG